AUGCUCGCGGGCCGCCGCCGCUUGCAGCGUCCGCUGCCCGCUGCUGUCCGCCGCAUCGCCGGCGCGUCUUCUGCCUCCACGGACCGGCCCGGCUUCGCUCCGGGCACAGCCGCAGGGGUGGAUACCCCGCCGAUAGACCCGUCGCACGCGAGGUCCGCUGCAUACUACGGCUCCAAGAUCGCGGGGCACCGAGGCAUGUUCUGCUAUCAUUGCCCGCCGUCGCUGCACCCUUCGAGCGCACCACGGCUGCCAACCUUAGAUUACCCCUUCACGCCGACGCAUCCCUACACGAGCUACUCCUACCACCCCGCCAUCCACGAUGAUACGUUCGUCCGCCGCAAGCAGCGACGCAACAGGACCACCUUCACCUUGCAACAGCUGGAGGAACUGGAGAGCGCGUUCGCGCAGACGCACUACCCGGACGUCUUCACCCGCGAGGACCUCGCCAUGAAAAUCAACCUCACGGAGGCCCGAGUGCAGGUGUGGUUCCAGAACCGGCGCGCCAAGUGGAGGAAGGCGGAGCGCCUCAAGGAGGAGCAGCGCAAACGAGAGGAGCAGGAGAGGGGCAAGAGGGACCCCGACAAGGAUGCCCUCGACGUCGACAAGGUGGAGUCCCGUGAGGGAGCGAGCCCUGUAGAGGACAUGGAGGCGGCGUCGACGUCUGCGCCAGUGGUGCACGCGGACACGAGCCGGUCUCCGCUGAGCUGCAGCGACGCUGGGGACGCCGACGUCGGCGCGUCAGGCGCUCCCGGCUCCGCGUCCGCUUCCGCCCCCGCGCCGGCGCAGCAGACGGAGGCGCCGCCCCCGCUGCCUCCCCUGCUGGCGGAGGCGUCAGCGGCGGGGGCGGCGGCGGGCGCAGAGGCCAACUCGCUGCCCGCGUCCUACAGUCCCAGCGUGUCGGCGCCCUCUUCGCCGGGGGCGGGCUCUGCCUCCGGAGGUUCUGGCCGCCCCCCGUCGCCAGCGCUGCCCCCGGGGCUGCAGGAGCACUCCGCCGCCGCAGCAGCCGCGGCCGCCGCCGCCGCGUCCCUACGGCCCGCAGUGCUGCCCGCCUUCGGACACCACCUGUUCCCGGGCUUCUCGGACGCGGGCGGCUUCCGGCCCGUUCUGGACUCGGGACCUUCGCGAGGAGCGCCUCCUCUGUUCUUCCCGCCGCACUUGACGUCACACCUCAGCUCACAGUUCACGCCACCGCUCUUCCCGGGACUCAAAGCAUUCCCCGGGCUGUGCUCGUGCUGCCCCAUGAAGCCGAUGGGACUCCUGCAGCCGCAGCAGGCGGGCGCCUCGUCACCAGUGGGGGGCGGCGGGGCGUCCUCUGGAGGCGGAGGAGGCGGCGGGGGCGGCGGCGGCGGCGACCAGCGUUCGUCGAGCGUGGCGGAGCUGCGGCGCAAGGCGCAGGAGCACUCGGCCGCGCUGCUGCAGUCGCUGGCCUCUUUCCAAGCCGCCUCCGGGCUGCCCGUCGGCUUCGGCCUGCACCACCUGGCGCCGCCGCCCGUGCCGCCUCCUGUGCAUGUUGGAGGCCGCCUGCUCUGUACCAUAGAUCCGCGCAGAAUAACGGCUGUGUCCGCCGCUCAGCCAGUACGUGGGUAUCUGGGCGGUGCGCCCGUGUGCCCUGCUCUGCUUGUGAUGCGGGCCGGGUGCGCGCGAGAUGCAUUUCCCGCCAUUUGCUUUGACAAACAAGCGCCGACUCCCGCGGGGCAGCAGGCGCCGGCGGCGGGGGCGGCCCAGGUCGAUGCCGGCCAGAGGGGGUUGGGGGGGAGGGGGGGCGGCGGAGGGGAGCAGCAGAAGAGAAGCCCCACCCCCGCCUUCCUCUGCCGUGGUUCUCCAGCCUGGACCACCUGA